CGCCCCCCUUCUCGGUGAGAGAGCGUGGGACGCGCCUCCUCGGACGGGAGCCCCUCCAUGUGAUUCAGUCGAGCUGCACGUCCCCCCAUCGUGUCCUCUCUGCAGCCGCGCGCGGACAUGCUUGGAAGCAGCGGCUAAACAUCCCCGUCCUGCUCUCUCUCUCUCUCUCUCUCUCUCUCCCCCUGUAUCUUUCUCUCUCACUCUCUCUCUCUCUCUUUGCUUUAACACUCAACUUCACCGGGGCUUCAUCGUCCGCGCGAGAGGAGCGAUCUUAAAUACACCGGCCAGGUCUGGUGAGGAAGGACUACUUAAGAGGCUUAAUCGUGAAUGUGAUCUGCGUGUGAAGAAGGCAGGAAUCAAAAGCCAUCACCAUGAAUUUUGUUAUGAAGCAAGCGUUGGGGGGGGCGACCAAAGACAUGGGCAAAAUGCUGGGGGAAAAGGAAGAGAAGGAUCCUGAUGCAGAGAAAAAGGAAGAGGAAAGACAAGAGGCUCUCCGGCAGCAGGAGGAGGAGAGGAAGGCGAAAUAUGCAAAAAUGGAGGCAGAGAGGGAAUCAAUCCGACAGGGCAUCAGGGAUAAGUACGGUAUAAAGAAGAAGGAAGAGAAAGAAGCGGAGGCUCAGGCAGCCAUGGAGCAAGCGUCCGAGGGCAGUCUUACCCGCCCCAAGAAAGCUGUGCCCGCCGGCUGCGGUGACGAGGAGGAGGAAGAGGAAAGCAUCGUGGACACUGUCAUGAAGUUCCUCCCAGGUCCACUCGUAGACAUGUUCAAUAAAAAGUAACAACGUCUUGGAUAUAUUGUUAUUAAACCUGUCAUAAACGUCAUUACGUCCACCAAACCUUUCCCCUCCACUCACUCGUUCCAAAACCUCUGGACUCAGUCAGUGUGCCAUGACAUUUGUCUUUAACUAUGAGUUGGACAUUUUAGAUGGAAAGACGACUUGACCUGUGCACUAAACAAUGUAACAGAUGCAUACAUGCCUGAUGCUGUUUCUCAUAUUGAAGACAAAUUUAAUGCCAAGUUCUCUCUGAGUCCAGGCCAUGGAACGACAACAGUAAUUACCCAAGCUCCACCUAUUUUGUUUGUAAAUAGACUAUUAAAAAAAGACUAUAUAUGAAUACCAGAAUAUAUAUAUAUAUAUACACACAAUGACUAAGAGAAAAAGCCAUAAUUUUAACUUUGGGGAAAAUCCUCCAAACCAUAUCGUAUUUUUGAUUAAAGUUUGCUGUUCUGUUAUUGAUAUUAUUGACCAGUACAUGUGGUAGAAAUGUAUAUAAUGAUUUACAUAUUCAUUUGAGUUCCAUUCUGUGAACCAGUACGGCACCAUAAUCCCACGAUUCGCUGCGUUUUCUUGUAUGAAAAUAUUAUAAUUGGAAAUUCUGUACAAUGGAAGUGAGCGAAAAAACAUCGUUUUUUGUUUUUUUUAAGCAUGAAAAUGAUACUUUGUGACUGCACUGUAUGUCAUUUCGUGUGACAUUUUUAGACGAAAUACAUUGAUAUUUAAGGCAAUAACUCUGAGUUUUUUGAUUUUGUUGACUCAUACUUGCCACAGUAUAUACAUAAAGACAUGAUUUUUGAGCUCUUCCUUCAAAAGUUACGUCCCUCAUCGUGCUAACCAUCUCUCUCUGGAAAACAAGAUUUAUUGAUUGAUUACGGAUUCAGGCAUGUUAGAUAAUUACAGUGAGAGGAACCAUAGAGCUAGGUGCUGUGUUUAAAAUAGCUUAGCUCCUGGGUGAUAUCGAGCGCAUACUACUACAAUUGGAUCAAUAGGGCUAUAUAUAUAUAAGUAUAUAAUCGUCAUCUUCAUCGCUGUACAGUAAAUAUUGUAAUUCAAUGUUUACAUAUUUAUGUUUCGAACCACAACUCAGUUGUGUGUACACGUUAAGUGAACAGACAGUGACAACAGUGCAAUAUUUGUUUUUGAAUGAAGAUGUCCUGUGUCAGUUGGUUAAUUACGGGAAUGCUAUCCCAAAUCAGCAAUAACAGACAAUCUUCAUCGUUAUGUAUUCAAGCUUAAUUAAUGAAUUAGAGAAUGUUAGUGUGUCGUCUUCCUAGUGCCAGUCAAGCUGAAGACUUGAGAUAAGCCUCAUGAAAAUGCAUCUCGGAGAGGGAAGCAGGGAGUUGAGAACUCGUUUUAUUUGUGGGUGUGAAUUUCAGAGUAUGAUGUUAGGCCCUUCGAGGUGGAGCUGGUUUUGGGUCUCUGAGCCGUGGACUCUCGUGUUGCUUCACAAAGCGGUGUUUUGGGCCUGUGCUUUGUUUCUUUGUUUGUUUAAUUUGUUCUAAGUGUUGUUGUUGCUGUUGUCGUUGGUGUUGUUGUCAUAAGUGUUGUUGUGAUAGUCCGUAUUCGUGAUGAUUGCUCAGCCAAGAAGGACAACAAUGGGUCCAAAUCACUCAAACAUGAGGCGAUAAGCUGAAAAUGAGCUGAUUGUGAAGCCUGCUUUUUUCUUACUGUCGAUAAUCUGCUCAGUGGCUUUAUGUAAAGUUUGGCUUCAUGCUCACAUGCAGUAACGCUAACGUUCAAAGUACUGUAGAUAAUCAUAGUUAACAUUACAGUAGGUCACGAGUCAGUACUAGCUAGUCUAGAUUCAGGUGAAAUCAUCAGUCAGACAUCUAAGAAUGCUGAAAAUGCAUUAAUAUGUAAAGUUUUCGAGAGUAAUGUAGUUAGCUAUCGGCUGCCAAUGGAGUGCUUUAAACAUUCCAAGAUAUUCCAAACAUUCCAUCUGGCCCUUGCUGGUUUCCCAGAAUUUUUUUGAUUAAUAUUCAGCUGCAGAAGCCUUUGUGCAUUUAAAUGAAAAAUUAAAUCCACUGUCUGUAGAAAAUAUUGUAAUGAGCCACAAGUUCUCCAUUAGAGCUCAGCCUGAGCCGAACGAAGUGGUGCAGUAGCACACAGACAGAGCAAUCUGUACAGCUAUCUGACCUGCCAUGUAACCCUGAAAGCAACGAGUUAAACGUAACACAUAUAGGAUAUCACUGUGCUCCUCAGCUUGCAGCUUGAUUGUGCGGUGAUGGUGUCUAUCUAGAACCGAACAAACUAAUCUGUCGCUAAGCUGCUUAAUUGGUGGGAAUUGCUAUUUAGAUUAGCUGUCAAUCAUUCUCAAGCUGUAUUUUCAGAUCUUACUGCCACUACUCUCAUUAGUCCAGUGUUGAGGCGUUUUUCCUGAUAUAGCAGACUUGGCUAUAAGUGCAGUACUGUGUGCUGGAUGAAAAGGUUUAAAAAUAGGUAUAAAAACUUUAUUUUCUGAACUUCUCAAACCAAGAAGUGUAAUUGAUCCAGUUAAAGAAAAGCCUGCCUUCGUCACUUAACUGUUCUGAUGUAACAGAGGCCGUGUCCAGAGCACAACUGCUGUAUUUUUUUCUUCAGUAUCUGUAGAAACUGCCUUCAGCUUCAGUCUUUGUUGCUGAUUACAUAUUGUGGCCUGUGUGAUGGUGACUAAUAUACUUUGGCAAGACUGCCCAGAAUCUCCAUCCCUGACAUCAUUUACCACUGCCCAUCUCCUCAUCAACUAUGUUUUCUAAAACCAAAGAGUGGUCUUCAUUCUGAUAAAAUGUUUGGUGUGUAUUGGUUCAUUUCUUCACGUGUUUGUCAGUUUUGCUUUAUUUCUGGUUUCAUUUUAUCAGGUGUUAAUAGUUUAAUUUCAGUUCUGGUGUCAUUUCAUGUCCUUAAGUUCAAUCUGAGUCUUUGAGUUUGUGUUUUUUUUUGGCAUUUUCAAGUCUAGUUACUAUCCAGAAUGUAUGGAAGCCCAUUUCUACCAGGUACAGGAGAAAAAUAAACACCUGGGUUUUUUUCUCUUCCUCUGUUUUUGGCAGCAUUGUGUGAAAAUAAACUUAAUAUCUUGAAAUAAUGACUUAUUUUGAUAAUGACUUAAUUUGAGUUAGUAUCUCAAAAUAAUAACCUAUAUCCUUGAAAUAAUCACUUAGUAAUAUUGUAUUAAUAGCUUGAAAUAGUGACUUACUUUCUUGGAAUUUAAUCAUUUCAAUAAUUUGAUUCAACAUACCAAGUCAAAUUUUUGAGAAAAUAACUCAUUUGAGAUCAGGUCAGCAUUCUAAGAAAAUAAGUCAUAAUUGCCGGAUAUUAAGUCAAUAUUCUGAGAAAAGAAGUCAUCAUUUCAAGAUACUAUCUCAAUAUUUCAACAUAUUCCUGCCAGAAACAGAGAAGAAGGUGAUUUUUCCUCCUCUUCCUUGUGGGAAUGGGCUUCCAUAAGAAUGUGACAAAACUAAUAAAUUCUUUUCAGUUCAAGACUGGACUAAAGUCUACCAAGCUUAACUCAUAAAGUCAUGAAGAAUACAUUCUUGUUGUCAAACACAAAGAGCUUCUGUUGAUAAUCUGUGAUCUGAGUGGCUUUGUGACAAUUUCCAGAACGUGCUUUUGUCAAAUCUUGCACAAAGCAGAUCGCAAACACACAGUGUGUUUGUGAUUUGCUUUAAGUACGAUUUGACACAGUCUGAUCUUUGUAAUCCUCACCGUUCAGGGUGACCAUCCGUUUUCACUCAGAUACUCAUAGCACUGGAAAAAAUACUGCCUGUAAGAACACUACGAACUAAUCCAUUCUUGUGAGCUGAAUGUACGUGUGCUGUUCCUCUGCAUUGUCCUUAUUCGUGUCUUCUCUGUGCUGAUACAGAUAAACGACUCUUGCUGUGGUUUUUAUGUCUGUAACUUCUUCUUGUUCCUGUCUUUUUCCAGUGGUUGUAUUUUUGAGAAAUAUGUUCCUCCUAUUUGGUGCGUUCUUUUUUAUUUAUUUUUGUUUGGGUUUCUUUUGUAACUGUGAAAGAAAAAAAAGACUUCGCACUUCUCUUCUCCCUCUCUCCUUUCCCUUUCUAUCUCUUUGUUGACAAAAUUGUAUGCAUGCAUAUGGUGUGCGCAGUAGGCAAGGUUGUAAAAGAUACUUCUGUGUGUCUUCGGUGUUUCUGAUUGCUCCACCUGUUAGCCCCCACUGCAUGCCCAUUUUAGAAUGAUUUUAGAACUGUAACAUUCCUGCCAAAAUGGAAUCACCGCACACUGAGAAUAAAGUGAUUUCAUAUAAUC